GGCUCUUUUUCCUGUCUUGUUUCUUUUGUUUUGUUUAAGCUACGAAGCUUUUUGGUUUUUGUUUUGCGGAAUCUAAAGUUCAAUUGCUCGCUUGACCGAUCCGGAACCGGGCUCGACGAUUCAAUACAACCUCAAAGGAUGUAAAGUUGAUCGUCAUUACCAGAAGAAGAUUAUACCAAAUGAGUGUUUCCAAUCCCAUCUACUACUUUCCUCCAUCAUUCAGGAAAUGAGAUGAAGAUACUUCUAUAACCACCUCUUCCAAUCCACUCCAUUGCCCAAAUUGGCAAACACACGCUGAAUAGAAUCAAAUGUGGACAUGAUACCAUUGCACAAUACUACUUCCACUACACUCGGCAUUCAACCCCAAAUCGCAACGCAAACUUCAGAGGCCCUAUCUCCUUCCUUUCAAUUCGGCAUCUUCAACCCUAACAAGCCCAAUGCCACUUUCAAAUUCACCUUUGCCUCUGCCUCUGCUUCUGCCUCUCCCUCUCCAUGUCUUCCCUAUCGCUCCAAGCGUACACGCCCCCUCUCAGAUGUCGAUGGAAACUUGAACGCAAAUGCCGUGAAUGAAGGACCAGGACGAAAAAAGAGAAGAUUGCGUCUUCAUCUUAUUACGUCGCGAUUGAGCAGACCAUUUUCGGUGCCUGCGAGUUAUAAGCAUGCUAGAAUAUUUGGCGUGAAAGGAGUAUGUGUGAAGGGUGUUGGCGGAUUGAAAAGGCUUGGGGGACUUGGAGAUGGGAAAGGUGAAGGAAAGAAAGAAAUUGGAAUUGGACGGAAUGUGCUAAGGAAGGUGGCAAUUUUCAAUCGGAUCAGGCUGCAGAUGCGGAUGCAUGGGGCAAGAGAGUCAAUGUUUCGUGAGCGACAGCAACAGACAUUGUUGGAUGUGGAUAUGCAUCUAAGGGCGAUUCUAGAGGAAAAACAGAACAAAAGGUGUAGUGAGUUCGUGUUGCCUCCGAGUCCACUUGGAAGGUCGAACUAUGAUGUUUUAGAUUCAGAAGAUGAGAUGCUGAUGGAUGAAUUGGAGGACGGGUGUGAGAAGAUGAUUUAUAGUGAUUUCAAUGUCAUGUGUUCUUCGGAAGAGGGAGAAGAUGAGUAUGAGUACCUUGAUACGCUUGAUGGACUUUCUCCAGAGGAUAUGCAAGAGCAGCCACUGAGUCCGCCUGAAGAUGAGAGAAUCGUGGAGAUGCUGAGGGAGGAGGGGAGAUUGCAUGAUAGCUAUUUUGUGCGUCUUGGAGGUGCAGAGAUGGGAGUUUCGGUGGGGUGACUGGUUGUGGGACGAAGAAACACGAUAAUCGACUGGGAUUGACAAUGGAGGCAAUCUCAGAGGGAGAGUUGGGGACUAUCUACUAUGAUAGAUGAGGUUCUUUGCCGGGGGCCCUGUGAAGGCCCGCAAUCUUAAUUUGAAAUCUAUACAGAAAAACUUGGGAGGGGGGCUGA